GAACCAACCCGUGUGCAGACAGGAACGGGGGCUGCAGUCAUCUGUGUCUCUUCACCCCCCGUGCCACCAAGUGCGGCUGCCCCGUUGGCCUGGAGCUUCUGAGUGACAUGAGGACCUGCAUCGUCCCCGAGGCCUUCCUUGUGUUCACGAGCCGAGCCGCCAUCCACAGGAUCUCCCUGGAGACCACCAAUAACGACGUGGCCAUCCCGCUCACGGGAGUCAAGGAGGCCUCUGCGCUGGACUUCGACGUAGCCAGCAAUCACAUCUACUGGACGGACGUCAGCCUGAAG